AUGUCUGCCAACACCCGCACCCAACCCUCCCCAACUAUCCUUGGAACUUCAAUUCACCCUAACAUAGCAGCAUUGAUGUCAUUCAAUCCCAGUGCUGUAAUUGACCGUCUUGACAGAAUAGAUGCAAAUACUGCGGAGAUUUUGCAGAACCAUGCUGGUUUACAAGCUAACCUUACGGACCAUCAAGAACAAGUUCGACAGAGCUUCACAAGCCAGUCCCAUCAAAUACUUGGGCUUAAUUCCAGUCUGGAAUCUAGUCAAGCAAAUAUAAAUAGACUCUCUACAGAUAUCAACAACCUCUCACGGAAAGUGGAAGGAGUCUCACGGAAGGUAGACAGGGUGGAGACAGGUAUCCAAGAGUUGCGUACCCAGAUGGGCCAGAUACUUGAUGUUCUGUCCACAUUUCGUCAAAGGGAGCUAUCCAAGCCAAGCGAGUCCAAAGAUUAUAGAUCAAGUGAGGAUGAUAUCCAAGCCCUGUUUUUGGUAUACUUCCCAUUCUGGAGACUCGCUUAUGACGCCGACUUGGGCUGGGUUCUUACCAAACAAAGCAAGCGGCGCUGGAUUGUCAAGCAGGUUCAAGUACAAGGCUGGUUGGAUAAUGAACGACGGUCCAAGGUCUAUGAGUGGAUUCGCAAUGAACUUCGCAAUAAGAUGGUCAUCAACUAUUCAUUUGAUGAGUUGCCGGUCGAGUACAACACCUGGAUUCUCUUCCGUCAAGUGGUUGAUAUCAUACUCAUCAAUGACUUCCUCUCAUACUGCAUCUUUGCAUUUACCGUGUUCCGUGUGCCUGACGGCCUUAGCCUGAGUUCCCAUGCGCUGCGUUGGCUUGUAGGAUUCGACUUGAUACUUUUCAAUCUCUGGGUCAAAACGGAAGCUCAUCAUAUUGUAAAGGACUAUGGGUGGUAUUGGGGAGACGACUUUUUUGAGCGCGGUCGACUUGUCCCAUCGCCGUCACCUGAUUCUAGUGGCACAGUGUUCGACACUUCCCUCGGCUUUGACGGAGUCUUUGAAAUGGCCGCCCAUCCGGUGUAUUCCGUAGGAUACGCCGGAUAUUAUGGACUCAGCUUGAUAGCUGGAAGCUACGCUCUAUUCUUUGUCAGUUUAUGGGCUCAUGCGAUGCAAUUUGGCUUUUUAGUGUGGUUCGACAAUCCUUCCAAGCUUGGCCCCGCCAAUUUAUCCACCCCAGUCCACACUGAUGCUAAGACCGAAACCAAAGCUGAGGUUGAAGCAGAGCCCAACACUCUGUCUCCAGCGUCUCCUUCACGCUCCGUGACGGUCCAUACUUUGCAUAUCCGAACUGAUAGCGACAGUUUGAUUAGGGUUGACAAUGAUUCCGAAGCGGAGCGUGUCAAGUCACACCGCCCGAGGCACUCGAGAAACAAGUCUACCUCCAAACAUGACCUUUUUGCACAUUAUUUCAGGAAGGAUGUAGUGGGGCUCAAGAACAUCAAUUUAUUGAGGGCUUCGGACCUUAAACUGGACCUUUUGACGUUAUACAUUGUUCUUCCUUCUAUCCUUCUAAAUACGACGGCCACCUACCUUCUUCAUGCACUUGCGUGGAGGGUUUUCCAUUCUUUCGUAUUAGGGGGGAUUCUAAGGGCCCAAAGUAAAGGCAAACGGCUCGUGAGACACUUUGUUGAGACAUUCGAAAUCUUGAGAGUAUUUGGUUGGUUCUUUGGAUAUUUCUUUAUUUCGGAUUAUCUUGCUCAGCUCUCUUAUACCGGAAUUUACCAAUUCUUAAAUAAUCCUGAGCGAACAAUGUCUGGUGCCACCAUAUUUGGUCUCGCUCUUACAUCGACAAGUCACGCCGUAUUUUCAGUUGCGGUGGCCAGUGUCGGUGUGCAUUGGUGGUUCUUGAGCUUUGUAGAGCGUCUCCAUAUGAAGAAGCUAUAUGGGGAUUCAAUCCGUAAAGAGGCUGGGCUUACCAAAGAUUGA